UGAGGGCUGAGUGCAAGAGGAAGUGAGGGAACAGAGGAGGAAAACAAAUGUGAUAAAUGACCAUAUGUGGCAGCAGAGAGACUCAAUUCAGUCAACAGGUUGCUAUGGUAGCUGCGAACAGGAGCAUUAUUUACAAAAUACACAUCAUGCUGAAUGAAAAACUUGAAACUAGAGGGUAAGAGGUCCAAAAAGUGAUAAAGAAACGAUUAACUUUGAUAGAUAAAUACUUUUUUGUCAUCCAUUUUAGCACAAUCAGACUUCUUUGUGCAACCAGUGAAGUCAAAUGUCUAAAAUCUUUACCGUCUUGUGUUUUUAACCCUGUAGCGUCUCAUUGACGGUCCAGAACGACACACCUCACCAGUCCGACCAAUGCAGAUUAGCCCCUCAUUGUAAUCCGCCAUGUCAUUUUAAUCCUGCUCUGAGUGAUGUUUUCUCUGGAGCUCCUCCCCUCCUGGUCCUCUCUCCUCCUGUUGUCUCUCCUGCCAGUCUGUCCACUCCCCUCAUCACGUCUGCUUGAGGUAAGUCUGCUCAGCUCUUUACUUUGGAUACACUGAAGCUAGAUAAAGGAGAUUAAGAUCGCUGAUGAGCACUGCAAUAUUUGUGUUUUUUAUUGUUAUAUAGUGUAGAACUUAAUCUGCUGUAAUCAAUAAAACAGAAAACUUUGGCAAAUUGGAUGCUGCCUUUUACUAGAUGUUGAAAGUUGGCAAAUAACCAGUGAUUCUGUAGAGUUUUAACUCCAGUAACUCCUUUAUUUUACCCUUCAAAGGAGGAAAAUGCACUUGAAGUGUUAGAACAUACUGUCAGUUGUUAAUAGAGAGGCGUAGUUUUUGAUUUUAAAAAGGUUAACAGUUAUUAUUUUGGGAAAACCUAAAUGAGAUAUGCAAAAACACAAUCCCAGAUUUACUAAAGGUAUUUCAAAAUGCUCAAAAUUUCCUCUAAACAUCAACUUUACUUUGUUUUCACAACAGAAAGCAUAACAGUUUCGCAAUUUUCUACUUUAAGUGUCUUCAUUUUCUUCAAACUUGCCCAAAACUGAAACAUUUCACGCUAAAUUGGUGCCACAUUUUUGCACUUUCUAUUUGAUCAUAUUCUGCUUCUUAAAAACAUCAAAUAAUUCAAAUUUAAAGGGUUAAAAAGUCCUGAAAGAGUCUUUAAACAGCAGUUGAUAUGAUUGAUAUCCAGGCUUUAUGAUUGAUCUGCAGGUGUUUUUUAUAGAAGCACAUGAGGGACAAACUCUGGUUUAGCUUCACAGGAGAGCAGUGAUAUGUCACCAUAUUGUGUCAAGCUGUAGGAGUAUCAUCAAUCCAAAUAAAUGUAGAUCACCAAGCUCCCUGUUAUCUUUAUGUAGAUUUAGUAAUCCAAUAACUGGAUGAAUGCAUUUCUGAUCCCAUGACCUCCCUUUAACAAACUGAAUACCUGGAUGACUCUGAAAGAAAGAGGGUCACACUCUACUCUCUCUAUACAGUGGUGUAAAAAAUGAGUUCAUACUCUGUUUGUGCCAAUUCUUCUUUGUUCACAGUGUUAGUGGAGCUGCUGUGAGACGCUGCAACCAUGGCUGCUGUAAGUUUAAUCACUUUGCAACAAUCCAACACUUGAGUGUCUCUGUAAGAGCCAGACAUGCAGUCAGUGUCUGGCCUCUCUUCAUACACAAGGGUCCAGGUUAAAAGCAUAAACAACCGUGGGAGUUUAUUUGGCAGCUCAUGUUUUGUCCUUUUUGUGCUGGUGGAUUGAAACCUCUAAGCUGUUUUUAAGAGUUGGCUUUAGAAGUCCGUUCUAUAAUCAUGUGAAGCAGAUUAAGCAGCCGUCCACUGGUGUGCAUCUUUGGGGUGUGCACCAGCUCAGAUGGGUCCUGUGUUUUCCUGUAAAGUUAAUGGAAUGAGCUGCCACUGAAGUAUUCAAGCAUUAAAGCGAGUUAAAAAGAGGAGCUCCUGUUUUGUUCCCUGAAGUACUGAAGAUUGAGUUUUAAGACUUUGACUUCACAAAACCAAAGUAAAAGUGAAUUAAACUCUGCACAUUUUUGGGAAACCUUCACUAAAGUCUGUGUUUUUGCAGACUGGAUCUUUCCGUAUGGUGUCAGAGGAGGAGCAGGCCAUGAGGGCAAAGCUGGAGCAUUUGACAGUGAAGGAUCACGGGCCUGUUUUUGGGCCUUGCCACAAACUGCCUGGACACACUGUGCAGAAGGUAAACCAGUCAAUAAACUAAACAAAGUCAUACUGGUCACUGUAUUCUCAGAACAUUACAUGUUUAUUUUUUCUUCCCCCAGGCAAAGGAUGAGCUGAAUGAGACAGACGAGAGGCGGACGUCGUCCCUGAAGGAGCUGCGGGCCAUGGUGAAGGACCGAGCAGCAGAGGGAGACGAGAUGGCCAAACUGGUGCUGGAGCGCUUAGGGGACAAACCGGACUCUCUGCUGCUGCGCUUCCUUAGAGCUCGCAAGUUUGACGUUGGCAGAUCCCAUGAGCUCAUGAAGGGUAAGACGACACACUCUAUGAAAUAUUAGUACAUUUUCAUUAAAGGUACUCUCUUGCUCCAGUUUUGGCCUUCCAUACAUUGAUUUAAUGUCUGCAGCCAUUUUCAAAAAGCUCGGGUAAUUGAGGGUGAGUCCCCUUUUGUGCUCUGGUUUGCAUGAAUCCUGCUCAUCAGAGACAGCGAGCCAUGUGUUCAUUAAUUGGGGGCUUUUAGAUGCUGCCUGAGUUUCUGCUUAACAAAGCCCUCCUUUGUGUCCAAAUGGGACGGGCAGAGUUUGCUUUACUUUGUGAACCCUCAGUGUUCUCCUGGGAACUUGUGGGCGCAUGUGCUGAGUGUGCUGGUUUGGAGGAGGAGAUGACAUUAAAAAGUGGAGUGCUUUGAUACUCUAGUAGGAGGAAAGAUUAGUGAGAUAAUGAUAUGCUGUGCUAAUGCAAACUCUUUUAUCAAAGCUACCUCAUGACAGUUAUUCUGAAUGUAACCUUAAACACGCCAAACAAAAUCUGAUUUAAAAAACAAGAUUUUAAUCUUCUAAGUGCCAGAUUUAUCCCUCUGAUCUUAAAUCAAACAUAAUAUAAUACCUGAUCCUCCUGUCACUGUGAGCAUAUCUGGACCUCACUCAGACAGAAACGUACACACAUUGAUGACUAUAGAGGCCAAACUUGUUGGUGUGAGAGGGACAUCUGAUGUGAACAUGAACUUGUUUUGUGGGGUUAAUUGCUGCUUGCAAGUAAAACAUGCACGUGCAAGAGGACCCACACAUCCACACACACUCAGACACGCACAUGCCCUCACUGGAACUCUGGGUUAAUUGGAGCCUGAGUAUGAAGGCUUCGAUCUGCUCUGUAGAUGUACAGAGACACUGGUGUCAUUGUGUUUGUCACUGAAGACUGAAACUGUGCACAAAGGCUUUGUGGACAAUUAGUGCUCAGAAUGCAGCUGAUCUUUGUGUGUGUGUGUGUGUGUGUGUGUGUUUGUGUGUGUGUGCAUGUUUGUGUGUGUAGGCUAUGUGCACUUCAGGAAGGAGUAUCCUGAGCUGUUUGAGAACAUGACCCCUGAGGCGGUCCGCAGCACCAUCGAGGCAGGUUACCCCGUGGUUCUGCCCAGCAGAGACAGGUUCGGCCGUGUCGUCCUGCUCUUCAACAUCGAGAACUGGGACCUGGAGGAGAUCACGUUUGAUGAGGUGGCUGUGAAGCACCCCUUGAGAAGAAAUGUUCUAAUACGGCUGUAUUUGUUAGAAAUAACUCAUGGUGUGUGUGUGUUACAGAUUUUAAGAGCGUAUUGUGUGAUCCUGGAGAAGCUGUUGGAGAAUGAAGAAACCCAGAUUAACGGCUUUGUCUUGAUCGAGAAUUUCAAAGGCUUCACCAUGCAGCACGCCUCAGGGAUCAAACCAGCCGAGCUGAAGAAGAUGGUGGACAUGCUGCAGGUUAUAACAGACACGGUUUUAAUAGCAGAGUAUUUCUUAAUGUGCCUCCUGUCAGUGCUUUUUUGAUCAAGUUUUGGUGUUCCCUGUCUUGUUUUUGCAGGACUCCUUCCCUGCACGUUUUAAGGCAGUUCACAUCAUUCACCAGCCGUGGUACUUCACCACCACAUAUAAUGUGGUCAAACCCUUCAUGAAGAGCAAGCUGCUGGAGAGGGUAUGAGCGGACUAUUUAUUGGCUUUUCAACUCAGGCUUUAUUUUAAUGCGGUAACAUUAAUAUUUGAAACCAGUAGUCUAAAAAUGACACAGAUUAGUUCAUGAAGUUUGUUUUGUUGCUUCCAGUUCAACAUUUUUGCAUCUUGCUUUGAUUCUGACCAACAGCAGCCUCUGACAUUGAGAAAUGAAACCAAUGCAGAAAAUCAAAAGACUUUGGUUCCUUGAGUGUCCAAUAGAGGAUGGCUCAAAAGCUGAAAUAUCCCAUUUUUAAGGCAAAGGUAAACAUGUUUUCAGCCCGAUACAAAAACUGCUGAAGUCUGAGGAGCUCAUGUCUUUAUUCCUCCAAACUGAUUCAUGACCAUCCAUUAGUUUGCAAAGCUGAGGAUUUGGCUGAUCCAGAUGUGUUAUAGCUGAGUGUUUGGAGUUGCACCUUUCUCCUCCACUUUCUUCUCUUAUCCGAGGUGGUCUGAAAGUUAGGCUUCAGAGUGCAGCUUGAGGAAAGUAUGAGAACCAUCAGACUGUGUCCAUAUUUUGAUAUUUUGACAGUUUUAUAGGUUAUCAAAGGAUUUCCAUUUCAGGAAAACUGAAGAAACUGCCCUGUCUUUUACAAUUUGUGUGUAAAAUAUUCAAAAUGAAUAAUACAUUUGACCGUCAACAGACAUCAGGAUGAGACCUUGAGACUCCUUCAUCCACUAGAGGGGUCUAAAGUUAUACUAACAUAAAUUUCCUCACAGGAGCUUUAAAAGUCUUCUGAACAGAUGAAUUUAUCAGAGCAGGUCAUUUCUAGCAGGCUUUAAGUUUGUCUAUUUCUGCUGUGAAGUUGAGCACAAGUUUCACCAAAUAAAGCGUGAGACAGCCUCUAGUGGACACUCAAGAAACUGCAGUUUUUGGCAUUUCUGUGCUGGCAUCUCUUGUGGGCCCAAAAGGCCACUACACGAGUUAUACGCUGCAACAUCAAACUUGUAUCUUGACUUUAUGUGAUUUUAAUGUCCAAAUACCUCUAUUCAAAGACCAUUUUAAAACACAUAAGAUUCUAGCACAAGACAGCUCUGAGACUUGACAAAAAAAUGUGAUUUUUGUUGUUGUUUUUCACUCCAUUGUGCAUCACCAUCCCUAACUGUUCAUACCUGUCCUCAGGUCUUAGUUCAUGGAGAUGAGCUGGACAACUACGUAAAAGAAUUUGAUGCAGAUAUUCUGCCUUCAGACUUCGAUGGAAAAGCACCUGUUGCUGACUACCAAUCCAUUGCCAAUAAGCUCUUUGGCUCUGAAGACACUGCUCUCUGAGAGACAGUCCUCCUAUUUCAAAGCCAAGAGUAAUAGUGUCCUUCACCCUAGAUGCCUCUCACUGAUCAGAACAGAUGUGUGGUCUCUUCUGAAGCUAGUUGGCAUUUAUUGUUUUAUUAUUCAGGCAGUUCCUGUGAGCAGUUAAGAAGUAUCUAGAGUUAGGAGCUGGAGUUGGUUUGCAAAUGAGUAAUAUAUGUUACAGAAAGGGGAAAGCCCAGAGGAUGUUUUGAUAGAACAGAGAGACUAAGCCACAGUUAAUGAUUUUAUAUUUUACAGUGAUGACAUUUCUUAUUUCUUUGGGAGCAGAGGGACGAUGAGCGAGUCAACGAUGUAGCUCACACUGAAUGAAACAGACUAGCUGGAGUUUUUUCGCCUUAAAAUGAAUUUCACACUAUACAGACCAGCUGUGUGCCUACAUUUCAUGUCAGAUGAACGAAAGAAGAAGAGUGUCGCAGUUUCAGGUCGAAUAUUAGAAGCUAUGAAGAGAGAAAACUAAUUAUGGAUAUGUCUGCAUUUGAUAUUUGUAAUAGGAGCAGGAGCCUCCUGAUGCAGUGCCACAGAAACACAACUUAUGUCUGAGUCCCACAAAGAGCCACACUGCAGCUUGGAUUUGAAAAUGCUUAAUUAAAUAGACUUUUUGUGUGUGUCUGUU